AAGAUUGUUCCGAAACUUGCCCCCAAAAAUGUAUUUUCCUAUGAAUGAAGUCGCACAAUUCUUUUUGUAUUGUCCUACGAAUUAAGUUUCACAAAAAUGUGUCUUUUCACACCAAUCAAGCCUCACAAAAAAACGUACGAAAUGUGCUGAAAUACGCUUUGUGCAUAUUUGCACGAAUUGAGUGAGAUUGUGCUGCAACAGGCCUAACGCUUCGAACACACCGACUGUGUUAAGCUUAGUCGAAGCUCUUGAUUUUUGUUUGGAGAGGAAUUCCGAAGUUAGUUUCGUCUGGACCGGAGCCAGUUCGAUCACCUGCUCCAGAUGGUUGGAGCCAGGAUCGCCCGGAUGGAUACCAACUACCGGGAGUCCAUCAGCCCAGUUGAAUGCCUGGCGAUUGGUCUCCGAUUCUUGGCGACAGGGGACUCCUACAGGACUAUAGGAUUCAGCUUCCGACGGUCCACGGUGGCAGGCAUUGUUCCCUCUGUGGCACAAGCCAUUUGGGACUGUCUGGUUGGUGAAAACAUGCCUGUCCCCAAGGAGGAAGACUGGAGUGCCAUUGCUGCCGAGUUCCUGGAGAGGUGGAAUUACCCCAACUGUCUUGGCUCCAUUGACGGGAAACAUGUAAUCCAGGCUCAACCGUGCUCAGGUUCGCAAUUCUACAACUACAAGGGUACAUAUUCAGUUGUACUCUUGGCUGUAGUCGAUGCCAUCUACUGUUUCCGAGUUGUCAAUGUUGGUGCUUACGGCAAGGGAAGUGAUGGCGGUACCCUCCGGGACGCUGCCUUUGGCCAGGCACUUCAGGAUGGCACCCUGGAGAUUCCACCACCUGCAUCACUCCCCGGGGCUGAAGACCUGGGACCUGUUCCCCACGUCUUUAUCGGUGAUGAGGCCUUCCCUUUAAGACCCAACCUCAUGAGGCCCUACACUGGAUGCCAGCUGCCAUUGCCAAAGCCUGUAAGGAUCUUUAACAAACGACGGUCCAGGACAAGGUUAGUUGUUGAAUGCGCCUUUGGGAUUCUGGCAGCCCGGUGGAGAAUGUAUCGGCGAGUGCUUGAUCUCAGCCCCUCAAAUGUCGAUGCCUGCGUGAAGGCCACGUGUGUUCUCCACAACUACCUGCAGAAGUCAUUCCAGGAGCCGCUCCGGAUGGAGAUGGGCAUGCCAAAUGGUCACCUUCCUGAUGUCACCAGGGCAGGUGCCAACAACGCCCCCAGACAGGCACUCCAGGUGAGGGAGAAGCUGACCACCUACUUCUCAUCGCCAGCAGGUGAAGUCCCAUGGCAGUAUGCCAUGGAGUGAAAGGGCUCUUUUAAGAGCCCCAUAACACAAAGGUUAUUUUAAGAACCAUCCACCGUUGUCCAUAAAAUUGCAUUUUUCCCCCAGAUUA